CGGAAGGUUAUCACCGAAUUGAGAUUAAUAACACUGCGCUUCAGUUAAAAUGAGCCAUUUUAAGGUGUUUUGAAGCCCCCCCGGGAGGAAGAGGAGAACACGUUGUAACGUGCGGAGCGGAGGGGAGAGAGAGAGAGAGGUGCACUCACACAGAGAGAGAGAGAGAGAGAGAGAGAGGGGGAGACAGGAGUGAAUGGGCACGACUCAAGUCAGUAGCACUGCGCCCUUCAUUUAAUCGAUAUCGAUCAGUUUGGGUAAUCGAGACAUUUAAGACCCCACAGCGGGGUCCGUGACGCUAAGCCCGGGAGCUAGCUGGAGCACCGUGAAGCUAACAACGAUGGGACGCCUCCUGUGAAGCUGCCCGGAGCCAACAGCAGCCAGGCGGAGAAAGAAACAAGGAAGCGGACGGCUAGCUACAACACAAGCUAACGUGGGGCUAACUGUUGGCUAUAUUAUUUUCUAAUGAGCGACCAGGGAGCAUGCGACCUGAUACGAAAAGCUGACUUGUUUCGGGAUGUCGGGCAGUAAGGCGCUGGGCGGGGGGGCUGGCGGGGGGGCGCGGCGCAGGCGGACGAGGUGCCGGCGCUGCCAGGCCUGCAUGAGGACAGAGUGUGGAGAGUGUCACUUCUGUAAGGACAUGAAGAAGUUCGGAGGGCCCGGCCGGAUGAAGCAGUCCUGCCUCCUGAGACAGUGCACAGCGCCGGUGCUGCCUCACACGGCGGUGUGCUUUGCGUGCGGCGAGGCGGGGAAGGAGGACACGGUGGACUCUGAGGAUGAGAAGUUCAGCCUCUCUCUGAUGGAGUGCACCAUCUGCAACGAGAUCAUCCACCCGAGCUGCCUGAAGAUGGGUAAAGCAGAAGGAAUCAUCAACGACGAGAUCCCUAACUGCUGGGAAUGUCCGAAGUGCCACAAGGAGGGCAAGACCAGUAAGGACCAGGCGGACGGCUCAGGGAAGCGCAGGCUGGAUAACGGAGAGGUAGGCCGCUGGAAACUGACAGACGACCCUCCCCCCAAAAAGAAAGCGCCUCCCUCCCUGGAGGAGGGGGGGAGGAUGGAUGGCGGGCACAAGAGGAAGAAGGAGAAGGAGCUGCCUCCUGACAGCGGGCCGAAGAAGAAGAUAAAGGGCGCCCACGAAAAACGCCUCAAAAAGAAACCCAAACAGGAGGCGGUGGAGUCCAAUGGCCCCACCUCCUCAGCUGGAGGAGGGGCAGGAGGACUACAGAGCUCCUCAAAUACAUCUUCUCAGCCUGGGGGCGGAGGAGGAGGUGCAGGGGGGACGUCGAGUGCAGACCAGCGCUCUCACCACAGAGAGAAACUGGAACGCUUUAAGAGGAUGUGCAUGCUGGAGCGUCGGCCCGAGUCAUCGUCAUCCUCCUCCUCCAGCUCAGAGUCGGACUCCGAGUCGGACUCUGAUGACUCCAUGAGGGGGGACCAGGCGGGAGGAGGCUCCUCGCCUUCAUCUUCCUCCCCUGCCCCGCCUCCUCCUGUCGUCUAUGGUAACAGCAGCGGAGGUCGGGCGGAGAGAGAGAGGAGUCGCAGUGAGCGGGAGCGAGAGAGGGAGAGGGAACGACGUUUGGCCGAGCUGGGCUUCAGCGCCAGUGAGGAGUCUGAGGGGGAGGCAGGGAGGGGUGAGGAGGAGGUGAAGGAGGAGGAGCUUGGUGGUGAGAAGGCUCGGAGGAGAGGGGGAGGAGGGGAUGUGGGGUUGCCCUCGAGAGGACGUAAAGGAGCACUGCUGGACUUGGAGGAGGAGGACACAACCACCUCUGAAAGGACCAGGAAAAACUCUGCCUCCCUCCCCCCGCCCUCACCCCUUUCCUCAAAUCAGAUGCCUCCAUCCUCUCAACACGAUGGCUUCACUGGGAAGCAGCGCAGCAACGGCCAGGAGGCCCGCAAUGGACGGACACGAGGAGGUACAGGAGGGGGGCGGGAGGGAGGGGAGAAAGAGAACGCCAGUGGCGUUCUGACCAAUCACAGACACAGCGGGGGAGGAGGGGGAGGGACCAAAGGCAGCGGGAGCCGCGGCAACAAGAUCCGUAGCAACAGUAAGAACCAGACGUCCAGAAACAGCAUCACCUCGUCCUCCUCCAUCCCCACCUCUAACGGUGGAGGGGGAGGCCCAGGGGGAGGCGGCUUGAUGAUGUCAGCUAUGGCGGCAUCUCCUUGCUCGCAGCCUUCCCGCCUCGCCCCUCGCUCUCAGAUGAUGAAGCGCAGCCCGCCAGCCGUUCCCUCGCCCCCCCGGCCCAUUCAGAUGGAGAGACACUUAGUGCGUCCCCCUCCCGCCUGCCCCGAGCCCAGCUGCCUGCCGCUGGACUCAGGCUCCUCCCACAUCAUGACACGCGACGUGUGGCUCAGAGUGUUCACGCAUCUGAGCCAGAGAGAGCUGUGUGUCUGCAUGAGGGUGUGCCGCACCUGGAGUCGGUGGUGCUGUGACAAACGUCUAUGGACUCAGAUCGACCUGAGCCGGCAGCGAUCCAUCACCCCCCCUAUGCUGAGUGGUAUCAUCCGCCGACAGCCCGUCUCCCUGAACCUGGGUUAUACCAACAUCUCCAAGAAACAGUUAAUGUGGCUCAUCAACCGCUUACAAGGUCUCCUGGAGUUGAAUGUGUCCGGUUGUCCGUGGCCUGCAGUCUCUGCUCUGUGUCAGGCCAUCUGUCCCUGUCUGAAGCUGCUGGACCUCAGCAGAGUGGAGGACCUCAAAGAUUCACACCUGAGGGAGCUACUGGCCCCCCCACCUGACACCAGGACAGCUCACGGGGAAACAAGAGUGGGGCGUUUCCAGAACAUGACGGAGCUGCGAUUGGCUGGCUUGGACCUGUCAGAUGCGUCGUCCCGCCUGUUGGUGCGUUACGUUCCUCACCUGACCAGGUUAGACCUGAGUCACUGUGCGAACGUCACAGACCAGACAGUGCACACCCUCAGCUCCCACAUCUCCCCCCUGAGAGAGAGCCUCACCCACAUCAACCUGGCUGGUUGUGUGAAGGUGACGGAGCAGUGUGUCCCAUUGCUGCGUCGCUGCACCUCCCUGCAGACGGUGGACCUGCGCUCCUGCUCCCUCCUCUCCUCUGAGACCGGACAGCUGCUCUCCUUCCCUUCCCACGCCUCCUCCACCUCCACCUCCACCUCCACCUCAACCACCUCUGCCACCACAACAGUCGCUGCUUCAUCCUGUUCCACGUCUGCUGCCUCCUCCUCCUCGUCCUCGUCCUCCUCCUGUCCUCCUGAAGACAGAACGCUGCUGAAGAACAGCUAGAGUCCUCCUUCAUGUCAUGUGACACUAAGGUCCAGGCGGCCCACAAGCCUCGCUUCCUUCCUCAUUACACUACAGACAGGUGAAGAAGAGGAAGAAGAAGAAGAAGAAGAGGAGGAUGAGGAGGAGGGACCUGUGCAACAUUUCUCCUGAUGUUGGGAAAGUGUUGUUGGCGAGUAGAAGAAGAUGAAGAGGAGGCGGAGAAACAUAUUUCGGGAAAGUUGUCGGUGAUAGUUAAAAAUAGAAACCCUGAGCAUGUACAUAUUUGUUCUCUGUACAUUUUUGGGUGUGUGUAUAUACCUGUAGUUUACUGUAAAUUACCCUUAAAAUUUGGGACAUCACCUCCCACCAACACUCCUUUCGUUCCCUCCUUUCCUUCUAUCCUCCCUUCCUUCCGUCCUUCCACCCUACAACCAAUCAUCAUGCCAGGCAUCCACCUGCUCUACAGUAGCUGCAGAACUGGGGGAAAAAAAAAUGGAAAUCAAUGUUGUCCAGGUUUAGUUGCUAUUGUUUGAAAGGUGGCGUUGCCCGUCAGACCCCGCCUCCCCGUCCAAACAGGAACUGAGGGGCUUAGGUUUGUCGUCAGGAAGAUGUUUCAUCUUCAAGAACAGUUUGACAUGCGUGUUUUUCAACUCAGAUACAGACAGUGUGCGGGUUAGGCUAACACUUUUCCUCUACUUCUAGUCUUUAUGCUAAGCUAGGCUAAACACGUUAUUCUCCAAAAACACAGAUUUUUGAAUGAAAUCUAACAGGAUUAAAAAGCGUCUGCAGUUGGCCAUAAUACCCUCCUCUGUAGGUCCAAAGGGACGUCCACAUGCGUUUAAGCUGCAGGAUUAUUCUCGCCUAAAGCUAGAAAGAGUUUUAUUGAUCUAAACAUGGUGUUACCGAGAAUUCACAAAACAAGCUUUGAACUCUGCAGAGCAAACAAAUCAGACACUAAACCCAAACAUAACCUGUGAUUUUGUCCAUAGACCCUUCUCUUAAAGUUUACUCAGACAAGACAACAGCGUCCUCAAGACGGAGCUGCAGUUGGAGGUUUGAUCUGUCACUGAUCUUUCCAACGUAUCUCCUCACAUUUGAUUAAUCGUUUUUUGGGCUUAAAUUGUGAAAAAUCAUCUUUAGCCUAAUGGUACGUCUUUGGGUGUUUUUGUUUUGUCCGACCAUCAAACAGGAAACACUCACUUUACUGUGGCGCCGGAACAGACUAAGUUUGUCUUUUUGCGUCAGAAAUGUCUUAAACCAGAAAUCAGUUACCCAAAUUUUUUUUUUUGACCUAUCAUUGCAGCUUUGGACAGUGUUAAAUAACAUAAAUAUUAAAGUUUAUAGAUCCCAAGUAUUGUGAGAAAGUAAGAUAGUCACUUUUGCCCGAGUUCACUCUUGUUGUAUUUUCUUCUUCUCUGAAAGAAUCCGUUUGUACUCGUGUUCGUUCCUCAGUACGGACGCUACUGCUGUCAGAGCGAGCUUAAUGAAUGUAUAAAGCUGAAUCCAACAUCUAAUCAGAGACUGGGCUGCAGGAUCAGUGUUAAUCGUGAUUGUAUAAAACCAGUGUGAACUAAACCAGUAAACUCUGAGGCUGCAGGUGUGAACAGGAGGUCAGUGCAGGGUAAUAUAUGCAAAGACAAUUCAAGUCAGAUCCACUCACCGUGUUUAAGACCACCUCACCAGGUUGAUG